AUGGCUGCCUCAACACGCUGUCUGCGACAGUUAAGCUCAACGCUGCUCCAGCAAGCUCGUCCAGUUGCAGCACGACCUUUAACUCGCACAUUUUCAACUCACCUCGCUCAGAAGGGCAAGCACUUACUAGCACAGAGGGAACCAUAUUGGUUGCAGACCAGGAAGUUCACCAGGUCGGCUCGUCGAUAUGCUGCUGUACAGGAAGCGCCACGAGCAGAGGCAUACUUGGAUAGUGGUGUUAUUGAGCCAGGCAAGAAUCUGGUGGACGUAAAGAAGGUGCUGGUCAUAGGCAGUGGUGGACUCAGCAUUGGCCAGGCUGGUGAAUUCGACUACUCAGGAUCCCAAGCCUUGAAAGCUCUCAAAGAAGCAAACGUUAAGUCAGUGCUCAUAAACCCCAAUAUCGCGACGAUCCAGACCGACCACAAGCUCGCAGACGAAGUAUACUACCUCCCUGUUACGCCAGAAUAUGUUACCUAUGUUAUCGAACGAGAGAAGCCAGAUGCCAUCAUGUUGGCGUUUGGUGGUCAAACUGCGCUCAAUUUGGGUGUUAAGAUGCAGAGGAUGGGCAUUUUCGAGCGAUAUGGUGUCAAAGUACUCGGAACUAGUGUUCGAACGCUCGAGGUUUCGGAAGAUCGAGAUCUAUUUGCCAAAGCUCUGAAGGAGAUUGACAUCCCAAUCGCUGAGUCAAUUGCGGUCAAUACUGUCGAGGAGGCUCUCAAGGCCGCUGAUGCAGUGGGCUAUCCUAUCAUUGUUCGUUCAGCAUUUGCUUUGGGUGGUCUAGGUUCUGGAUUCGCCAAUGACGCUGAGGAAUUGAGCAACUUGUCCUCCCGGUCGCUUUCGUUGUCCCCACAGAUCUUGGUUGAGAAGUCGCUAAAAGGGUGGAAAGAGGUGGAAUAUGAAGUCGUUCGAGACGCCGAGAACAACUGCAUAACUGUUUGUAACAUGGAGAAUUUUGACCCUCUGGGUAUUCAUACUGGAGACAGCAUCGUUGUUUCUCCUUCUCAGACCUUGUCGGAUGAGGAAUACCACAUGCUGAGGACAGCUGCAAUCAAGAUCGUCCGCCAUUUGGGCGUGGUGGGAGAAUGCAACGUUCAGUACGCUCUUCAGCCUGAUGGACUCGACUAUCGAGUCAUCGAAGUCAAUGCUCGUUUGUCCCGAUCCUCUGCUCUUGCCUCAAAGGCUACUGGUUACCCUCUGGCAUAUACUGCUGCAAAAAUCGGUCUUGGCCACUCACUACCCGAGCUGCCAAAUGCUGUUACAAAGACAACCACUGCAAACUUCGAACCUUCCUUGGAUUACAUAGUGACGAAAAUACCUCGGUGGGAUUUGUCCAAGUUCCAACACGUCAAACGAGAUAUUGGAAGUGCUAUGAAGUCUGUAGGCGAGGUCAUGGCUAUUGGUCGUACGUUCGAGGAGUCCUUCCAAAAGGCUAUUCGACAGGUCGACCCACGCUUCGUUGGUUUCCAAGGCGAUAAGUUCGACGAUCUCGACGAUGUGCUGAAGAACCCUACCGACCGUAGAUGGUUAGCUGUUGGAGAAGCAAUGAUCAACCACGGCUACAGUGUCGACAAAGUACAUGACCUGUCUAAGAUUGACAAGUGGUUCUUGCACAAGCUACAAAACCUGGUCGACACAAUGAGUGAGAUCAAGGACUGUGGCAGUCUGACAGCCGUCAAGUAUGAGCUUAUGAUCAAAGCAAAGAAGCAAGGCUUUUCCGACAAACAGAUUGGCAUGUACUGUGGUGCUUCCGAGCUGGAUGUCCGCAAACGACGACAACAAUUCAACAUCAGGCCGUGGGUCAAGAAAAUUGAUACCCUAGCUGCCGAAUUUCCUGCUGAUACUAACUACUUAUAUACGACUUACAACGCUAGCUCGCACGAUGUCACAUUCGAUGAUCACGGCACCAUCAUUCUCGGCUCUGGUGUAUAUCGAAUCGGGUCUUCUGUCGAAUUCGAUUGGUGUGCGGUGAAUGCGACUCUUUCACUCAAAAACAUGGGCAAGAAGACAGUCAUGAUCAACGAUGGUCACAUCCAUCUCAGCCCUUUUGUCCCCUAUCACUUUUGCUUCACUACUACUUCAACAUACCUGCUAACUUCAUUGCUGUAUAAUCCGGAGACUUACAGCACCGAUUUCGAUGUCGCCGAUAAACUUUACUUCGAAGAACUCUCAUACGAACGUGUAAUGGACAUUUAUGAACUUGAGACAGCAACUGGUGUUGUCGUAAGCGUGGGCGGCCAACUACCACAGAACAUUGCUCUCAGGUUACAGGAAGAAGGCAAAUGCAAGGUACUCGGCACUGACCCUAAGGAUAUCGACAAAGCUGAAGAUCGUCACAAAUUUUCCUCUAUACUCGAUUCUAUUGGUGUUGAUCAGCCUGCUUGGAAGGAACUGUCUACUCCUGAGGAAGCUGAGUCCUUCGCCGAUGAGGUCGGAUAUCCAGUACUUGUCCGACCAUCAUAUGUCCUGUCUGGUGCUGCCAUGUCCGUCAUUUAUAGCAAAGACGAGCUUCGAGAUAAGCUUCUGAACGCAACUUCAGUAUCUCCUGACCACCCUGUCGUCCUCACCAAGUUCAUCGAAGGUGCCCAGGAGAUCGACGUGGAUGCUGUGGCUUCGCAAGGCAAGCUCAUCUUACAUGCCAUCUCGGAGCACGUCGAGGCAGCUGGUGUGCACUCCGGUGACGCCACACUCGUCCUUCCACCUGCGAACCUGGACGAGACUGUCAUGGCCAGAAUAAAAGAGAUUGCCGAAAAGGUCGCUAAGGCAUGGAGCAUCACCGGUCCUUUCAACAUGCAAAUCAUCAAAGCCGACACCCCCGACUCGUCCGAAUCAGCACUGAAAGUCAUUGAAUGCAAUCUGCGCGCCUCUCGAUCUUUCCCAUUCGUCUCAAAGGUCCUCGGAACAAACUUCGUCGACGCAGCAACUCGUGCCCUAGCACAAAGCGACGUCCCAGCUCCACGAGACUUGAUGGCCGAGAAGCGCGGUUACGUCGCAACCAAAGUCCCACAAUUCUCCUGGACCCGUUUAGCAGGUGCCGACCCCUAUCUCGGCGUCGAAAUGUCCUCCACCGGUGAAAUCGCCUGUUUCGGCAAGGACGUCGUCGAAGCAUACUGGGCCUCACUACAAUCGACCAUGAAUUUCCGUGUUCCUGAACCUGGCGAGGGAAUCCUUCUUGGUGGCAGCACGGAACUUCCUGAGCUCCCCAAGAUCGUUGAAUACCUCAAGCCACUUGACUACAAGUUCUUCGCCGUCAACAACGCAGUCAAGGAGCACCUUGAGAAGGGCGGUGCCAAGAUCGAGGUUAUUGAGUUCCCAAAGACAGACAAGAAUGCUUUGAGGAAAGUUUUUGAAAAGUACAAUAUCAAGGGAGUGUUCAACCUUGCCAAGACUAGGGGAAAGACUCUUCUGGACGAAGACUACGUUUCACGACGUAAUGCGGUCGACUUUGGGUUGCCGUUGUUUAUGGAAGCUAAGACUGCCCUGUUAUUUGCACAGUGCAUAAACGCCAAGUUGCCGAGGAAAGAAGGUAUACCUCCUGAAGUCAAGAGCUGGAGCGAGUUUACUGGAGAGAGGAUGAUGUAG